AUGAAGCCAAAUUCAAGAUCUCAAUACAAGCUGUCUCAAACAAACGAACUAGCGCAGCUCUGAAUGCCUACUCUUGCUAGCAAAAGUUUUAGAUCUGGAAGAAGAUUAUUUAACGUUAAUAAAAACCAGCAAACUUAUGGCCUUGCGUAUGAGUCGAUGAGUCCUCAUCUAAGCUAUGAUUUUUCAGCCAAAUCUUUACCAAAAUCUACAGUUCAUAGAGAAAUUGAAGAUAGUGAUAAAAAUAGCAUUGAAGCAGCCCCACAAAAAAUAAAUCCAGAGAUUAAAAAAGAAAACGACACUAUUUUAGCACCAAUUAAAUUUUCUCAGAGCCAAAGUUUGAGUCCUGUUCCAAUAGAGAAAAAAGCAGCAUAUGCACUUCAAAUAUAUAAUAAUAUCAAUAAAGACCUAGCAGAAAAAUUCGAAAUAAACGAAAAGAUAAAGCAAAGAGAAGAAGCUCUGAAAAAUCAAGCAUUUCAAUAUGAAAGAGUAAGGCAAGAACUUAUAGAGAAAGAAUCUAGAAUUGCAAGAAAAAUUGAAGAGCUCAAACGAAAAAAAGAGUAUGAAAAAAAUGCUUAUAAAGAACUUCAUCAAUUUGAUGAAGAUAGUCCAUAUAAUGCAAAGCAAAAUCGCAGCUAUGAAAACCCUCAAAAAGCUAUAACUGAUUCUGCAAUUAUGGAGGGUUCGCCUUUAAGUGCCAAGGAAAAAUUUGCAAUGGAUAGUUCACUAUCAGAAUCUCUUAGAGAUACUUAUAACUUGAUUCAAAAUAAAUCCAAAACAAAUAUUAUACCUUCAAAGGCAAACACGAUUAAUUAUGAUAUUAAUACUAGAUAUACCAAGCAAAGCCCUAAGCCUCAAAUCAGUUACCCAAUUGCUGGCUUUCCAGGAGCAAUGAUUUCACCAUUUAGAGAGGAUUCCAAAAAUAUUUUUCAUUCAGAUGAAAAACUCAACCGCUUCCAGGGCGAAAAAUCUUUAGCUGGAUAUGGAAAUCUAAUAAUUCAAAGUAAACAAUCAUAA